UAUAUCUAGGUCACAAGCAGCUUACCUCGGCUGUACGCGGGUAGUGCAGGUCCUUGUUCGGUUGCUUUGGCAUAGUUUUAGGGAGUUGGCUGUUGGAAAAUUUUCUUACAGAAAGCAAAAUGGAGACAAUUAGGAAGAAGGUUGAUAUGCUGCGAAUAAGUCUGAAUGAUGCAGAAAGGAGAGCAAAUGAGUCUGAAGAAUGCUUAAAGAGUGCCAAAGAGAGGAAUCUAGCCGCAGAAGAUGAAGUCAAAAAACUAACCCAUGACCUUCAAGAAAUUGAAGACCAACUAGACGCUAAAGAAUCUCAGCUGUCUGAAGUUACCUUACAGCUUGAGGAAGCCGAGCAAACCUCAGAUGAAAACGAAAGAGUGAGGAAGGUCCUGGAAACUAGGGCCAUGGGUGACGAGGAACGACAAGCUCAGUUUGAAGCCAAGUUAGAGGAAGAGAAGGAGAGGCACGAGUCUGCUGAAAGAGAGAUUGAAGAAUUGGAGGCAAAGCUUGCAGAAGCGGAAGAAGAACUCGAUGAAUUGGAAAGCCGCGCUGAAGACGCAGAUGAGCGACUCAAGGAGCUGGAGGAAGAAUCCAAAACAGUCGGGAACAGUCUCCGUUCUCUGGAGGUCCAGGAGUGCGAUGGAAACAGACGAAUUCAGGAGUUAGAAGAAAAGAUAGAGAGAAUCGGGCGAGAGUAUGAAGAGACCUGUCAACGUGCUGAUACAGCUGAGUCUCAAAUUGCGGAUUUGGAAAGAGAAGCUGACCAACUAGAUGCUGCCUUAGAGAAAAUAAAAGAGAAACAUGCUGAGGCGGAACAGGAGUUGAUUCAGACUAUACAGGAGUUUGAGGAGAUGUAAAACAAGAAUCAUUAUGAUCAGUUUAAUUUGACAUUUUUAUGUGAUUUGGCUCAUUAUAUGAUAAUUCGGUAGAGAGGUGUUUCAUAGCCAUGAUCGUAAGCCUUUUUGAAAUAGCUCUUUUUGAAUAUGCUAUGUACUUCGGUGAACUUUUUCGAUGGUCUAAUAAAAGCAUUGUACUUUGUCAUAAA